ACAUUUAUCAUGUUGCACAAUCGGCCCUAAGAUAAACCAAAAGACACUUCUAUAAAUGAAGAGGAAAACUUCGUGCGGAUAAAACUUCAAGUACGAAGUAAUAAAAUAUUAUUGAACUUAGAACGCUCAACUUCAUAAAAAUCGCAAAUUCGAGAUAAACGAUUUAUGAAUAUUCACUGUCGGAAGGACAAAGAUGAAUAUUUUAACUUUAAAAGAGGAGAAUACGGAAGUAAAUGUUAUUAUGAUGUUGUAAUAGCAUUAUGCAGGCGGAGGAAACUGUCACAACACAACGUGCACAUAGCACGUUAAAUUUAUCAAUCCCUGACAUCGCUACAGUUAACAGUCUUGUAUUCGAAGAGUUGAUGGAAUCUACGAGCAUAUCGACAGGACCCACAAACGUGACAAUGAUUAAUGAAUCUAUGACGCAGAAUAACUCGAGCCAAAUCGGGUCUGCUGAUGGGAUAUUGUAUUUAUACGGAGUACCACCAUUGAUUCUCUUUUGCGUCAUUUCAGUAGUCGUAAACAUCAAAGUUCUGAUGAGCGUAUUUUGGAUUAGACGCCCACUCAGUCCAACAUUAUAUAUCAGUUUAAGUCUAGCAGGCGCAGAUGCUUUCUCCAGCAGUGUUCUGGGCAUAGGACUAGUCUUGAAUAGUUUCAUACCUAAUGGUCUUGAAAUUAAACUGAAAGAUAUGGAUUGUUUUUUACUGGCUCUCGAAGUUGUACGAUUGGGAGGCGUGAUAAUUACGGUAUUUCAUCUAAUGGCUCUGGCUAUCAAUCAUUAUUUGGGCAUUCUCAGACCCCUCCAUUAUCUUACGAUCCUAACGUACAGAAAUACCACAAUUCUAUUAGUUUUACUAUGGGUGUUGCCCAUCUCUUUCUUCGCGCUGUACUUUAAUCUAAUCGAAAAUGACGGUUUCCAGUCCGAAGGAUGCAGAACCCACACGUUCUUAUCUCACAAGCAAUUUCGAACGUUGUUCAGCAGCCUCUUCUUCGGGCCCUUCGCGCUGAUGAUUUGCAUUUACGUUCACAUAUUCUAUAUAGUGAAGAGACAUCAAGCCACGAGGCUCCGCUUUCGCAGAGCAGGAUCUUCCGCCCGUGCGAGGGCAUCGGAAGCAUUGCGCAGUAAUUCUAGGCAAAUGGCGCGUAACGUUAAAGCUAUCCACACAACUUUAUACAUACUUGGAAGCUUCGUGAUCGGAUGGAUGCCCGGAGUAACGAUGUACAUGCUGGUUUGCAACGACUGCGUAUUACAAUUAAGAGGAGUGUCGGCGCGUGUCAUGUUCUUCAUCUACGCCAUAAUUAACGGUCUUAUUAUCCUGAAAACUUUGGUAAAUCCCAUUAUCUACGCCGCCCGAAUGCACGAGAUUAAGAUUGCCAUGAGGCGAAUGCACGACGCCUUUUGCGGAUGCUCAAAGCUCACCCGCUUUACUACCAAUCGUGGGAUCAGCAGAAUUAUAUACAGCAGUGAGGAGAGCAGGCAAUCGAGAACCAGUCGAAUGUUUCAGAAUAUGAGCAUUCGGAAAGGGCGAAACGGGAGCACGUAUACAUGUACGGGUUACAAUAUACAUGAAUAUGGCAACACGCCCGUGUAGAACGUCAGGUGCGAGACGCGCGAUGAGAAAACAUUUUUUCGCGUACUUUAUCGAAGAAUCAUGUAAAUACCAGCUAAACGAGUGAUAGCGGCUGCAACAAUAUUUUAAUGGCAUAUUGAAAAAGCCGCAUUACUUCUCU